CCAUCUACACACCGCAUGCGAUGCCGCGAUGCGUCGUAAGUCGUAAGAACAGCGAGGAGGCUGAGGAGCCCUGCUACGGACAGAAUUAGUCGUGGGGUAUCGCGCAGCUGAUCCUUACAGAGAAAAAUUAUGAUGGCAAGCAAGGCUUGGAAGGUGGUCCAACCGCACGUGCCGAUGAUCAAAUUCCGCAAGGGCGGCCUUGAUCGCGCAGCAGUUGCGGGUAUGACGGCCACGCCAUCUGCACGGCCAGGGUCGGUGCAGAUGCAGCAGAGCGCGGGCAGAGCGACGGGCCCCCAGGUGAUCGUGCUGCCGACGAUAGAACACAUUCACUUGCCGCCGCGGUAUCAGAGACGACCGAUAGAUCAAAAGGAAAUGGAAUAUAUCAAUCGUGGUGGACCAGAGUGAAUUUGCAGUGCUAGCAUUUAGGACAUCAUAAGCUCCAUAUAUUUACUUAAUUUUGUUAUUGACCGACUCGGUGCAAUGUGUUGUUAAAAUAAAUGGACAUGGCAGAGAGAACCCCACA